AUGGAGCAUAUGGAGACAGAUAAUAAAACAACAGUAAGUACAUUUAUUCUUCUGGGAUUUGGAAAUACCCCUGAACUUCAGAUUCCUCUCUUCCUGGUUUUCCUAAUAAUCUACAGUCUGACCAUGACUGGAAACAUCAUCAUCAUUGUGUUAGUAAUCACAGAUCAUCACCUUCACAUCCCCAUGUAUUUCUUCCUUGGAAACUUGUCCUGUUUGGAGACUUUCUACACAUCAACCAUUCUCCCCAGGAUGUUGGCCAGUUUCCUAACAGGGGACAGAACCAUUUCUUUUAGGGGCUGCUAUAUCCAGUUUUACUGUUUUGGUAUACUUGGGGUUGCUGAGUGCUACCUACUGGCAUCAAUGUCAUAUGAUAGGUAUUUGGCAAUAUGCAAGCCCCUCCACUAUGCCACCCUCAUGAGCAGAAGACUCUGCUUUCUGUUGUCAGCUGUAACUUGGCUUUGUGGGAUAGCAGUCAUGACUUUACUAAUGUCUUUGAUGUCAGAGCUGAUAUAUUGUGGCCCCCAUGAAAUUGAUCAUUUCUUUUGUGACUUUACACCAGUGAUUAAUCUAUCGUGCAGUGACACAACACUGUUGACACUGGUGAGCCUCAUCGUGUCUUUCAUAAAUAUUGUUCCUUCUUUUCUUCUGACCGUGCUGUCUUACAUUUGUAUAAUUGCUGCCAUCAUACGAAUCCCCUCUUCAGAUGGGAGGAAAAAAGCCUUUUCCACUUGUUCUUCCCACCUCAUUGUAGUUUCCAUCUUUUAUGGUUCACUGAUGUUUGUAUAUGUGCUACCACAAAAAGAAGCUAUGAGAGAAGUGGACAAGAUGUUCUCGGUCUUCUACACAGUCUUAACCCCUCUAAUUAAUCCCCUCAUCUAUAGUCUAAGAAACGAAGAGGUUAAAAAAGCUUUAAGGAGAGCUGUCAACAAGUGUGGGUUUUCCAAGUGA